AUCAAUCCAAAAACAUUAACAUCCCAAACCAAACACCAUUUCUGUAUCACUCCAUUUUCCGAUGUUCAAUCCCUUCAUUUGUGGCACAUUUCAUCAUCUAGAAGCAGAACACGAUGAUGACGACGAACCUCGGAGCUCAACUCCACCACCAAGAAAGUGCAGGAAAACCAUGAUCAUGAUGAGCAUAUGCAAAAGCAGAGCUAGCGAGAACCCGUACGCCAAUCACGGGCUCGACAAGUUCUCUGCACUUCUAGCUGAUCUCGACAAUAAGAGGCGAGAGAUAUACGCGCAGGUGGGCUCACAACACAUCUCUCUUGUUCGCUUCGCGUAUUCGAGCUCAAAUGACUGCAAGCCGAUUGUUGUGAAGGUGAGAGACAAAAAACAAGACAUAACAACCCAUGUCAAAGAUGAGCCUAUAACACAUGAUGUGAAUGAAGUGCAACAACCAGGAAGCAUGUUGAGAGAUCUGAAGGGUAAGGAGAGAUUCUCAUGGAGUUCAAAGUUCACAGUGAUUGUAGUCUUGAUCUUGUUGUUCUUGGCUGUGUUUGGGCGAUCGUUUGUGAUUUUGUGUAUAUCUAUUGGGUGGUACUUGGUCCCUACCAUAGAAGGAGUGAGCUACAGUUCAAAAUGGCCAUGGAAGAAGGAGGGGUAUUUUGGUAAAUUGAGAGGAAAUAAGCUUAAUUAGUGGGUAAACUCCUAGAUAUGUUGUUACUUAGACCUUAUGCUUUGUUUUGAAUUUCUUCUCUUACUAAUUGUGUUUUUCUUGGCUGUAUUGGGUUGGAUUGAAAAUUCAAUCUCUCUUUUACAUGUUCA